ACCAGAAUUCCCAUUUCCAGGUCUCAUCUGUGCUAAGAUGUUCAUCCUCCCCCUUCACGCUCCCAUGACAUCGUCUUAAUCGAACAGACAAUGGGGAAGGUGGAACUGGGGUCAGAUAAAUCUGGCCUCUCUGGGAAGCACCAGACCCGGGCUCAGGAAGAGACACACAGAUGUUAUGCUAAGAGGCAAGGCGAAAAACAGGAAGUAAAGCUGUGUGCACGUGAGACAGCGAGAGAGAGAGAAACUUUCAUCUCUGACAAUCUCUAACCAAGGAUCUCAAAGAGCUUCGCCAACAUUAAUUAAGCUUCCCAGCCCACCCAGAAGGCUGGCCUUGGUGUCGGUAGUGCGCUCACUAGCACUCGAGAGGGUGCAAGGUCUCGCUCUGCCCUUGGACCUAUCACAGGAUCACUCUGUGCCUCGGUUUCCCCACUCAGCUAACAGGGCUGUCUGGUCUAUUUCAAUUGCCAGCCGUUCAGGGCAGGGAGUGUCUCUCGCGCUGUGCCUAUGCAGCACCAAGCCCGGAGGAUGGUUGAGGCCUUCCCGUGCUGCUGUCUUAGAAAUCUGGAGUCUGAUUGCCCAGUUCCUCGCGAGAUGGCCAGGCCCAGACAUAGGGGAAGAGAAAGUGUUUGCUUCAAGCUCAUUUUUGCAACUACUGUAUCCUCUGCGCCACAAUGGAGACAUUCAGCUCCAGGAACCUGGCCAUGCAGGCUGAGAAGAAGAUCCUGAGCCACAUGGCCAGCAAGUCGGUGGCGAAUGUAUUCCUGGACGACACCAGCAGCGAGAUCCUGGAUGAGCUGUACCGGGUCUCCAAGCUGCACACCCAGAACCGGUCCGAGGCCCAGAAGGUCAUCAAGAACCUCAUCAAGGUGGCCGUUAAGGUCAGCGUGCUGUACCGCAACAACCGCUUCAGCGCCAGCGAGCUGGGCCUGGCGGGGGAGUUCAAACACAAGCUGCACCAGGGCGCCAUGACGGCCGUCAGCUUCUACGAGGUGGAGUUCACCUUCGAGCCGGGUGUGCUGACCCAGCUGCUGCAGGACUGCCGGGAUAUGCUGCUGCAGCUGGUGGAGAAGCACCUGACGGCCAAGUCCCACGGCCGCAUCCGCCACGUCUUUGACCACUUCGCCAACGGCGACCUGCUCAGCCAGCUCUACAGCCCCGGGGAGCCCUACCGGCCCCACCUGCAGAAGAUCUGCCAGGGCUUGAACAAGCUGAUAGAGGAGGGGAAGCUGUGAGCGGGCUGGGAGGGGGCCUUGCCUUACUCCUCCUCCUCAGCCAGCAAAAGAUUAUGGGAGUUGGGGGUUUGUAUCCAUGGGGGCCUGGAAACACUUUACUCUCUUAGGCACCUAUGGAUAUCCUAGCCAAGGAGCAAGGACAUUCAGGUUUAUAGGGGAUGGAGAACUGGAUGAUCCCACAGGACAAUCAAGACUCGGGCAUGUCCCACUUGCACUCAGAGCCGUCCGUGCUCUCCGCAUCCGUCCCAGUCCUCUCCAUGCCCUCAUGGAUUGGGCCGCCCAGCUCCCGACUCUAUCUCCCCGUCAGUGACACUUGCAGAGCGGUUAUUUUUGUACACACUCAUCUUGGCGUUGUUACGCCUGCCUCGCCGUGUUGCGUGGGGGAUCUGCUGCGGGGGGGUGGGGGCACCAGGUUCGGCCUGAGCAGUUACCCCUUGAUGGUUCAGUUUGUAAGGCCGGCGGAGGUGGGGCUGGGUUCAGCUCCCACUGCAGGGCAUUAGGGGGCUGGGCCGAUGAAGGCAACAGAUCAAAUCCCUCCCCCAAACACUCCUCAUUGCAGGGUUGCUCAUGGCCAAAGGGAUCAGUUGAGGCUCCACCAAGCCAGCAAAACAGAGCGGGGUGGCAGAUUCUGAGCUUUUAUGUCAAUUGCACAUAAAUGCGAUGCCCAGGGGAAGGGACCAGCCACCGGUGUGAGCCCGUCCUUGCCACAUGGGCCCCCAGCGGUGAGGUCUAGUCCCCAGGGCUGCAUUCAGUGGAGCUCUGCCCCCGCAUUAAGCUCAGGAUUAGCUUAGUUUCAGCCAUGGAGAGUUUACGACUUUCCCUCCCCGAGCCCGGCCGCUGCCAAAGACACGGGUGAGGCCACGAGCAGGGUGAGAAUGGGGGACACCCCGCGCGGGUCAGAAACACCGUGUCGGUCAAAGGUCCCGCAGGCAAAUGGUAGGGUCCCUCCCAUGCCUUCCCUGGCCACUCUGCCCUCCUGCCCCAGCCCCUCAUCCCCCUAACGCCGUGAUCCCAGUUUAUGGCCAAUGCCUUGGCAGCCUACGGUGGGCUGGAAGGUCGGUGAGUUUCCCAUGGCAUGUCGGAGGGAGGAGAAGACUCAUGACUCCAGGAGGCCCCUUAGCAGCUGGGCUUCCUCCACUGCAACCCAGGGGCUGCAGAGGUCAAGCAAAGGUACCAGCAGCUUCCUCGGAGCGGGCGUGUUGGGAACAGACCAGCAGACAAGGCUACCUUGGCUGGCAUGGGCACAGUUAAAGGGUGGGCAUGCAGCCCUCAAAGCCACCUUCCCCUGCCCGGUUUGCUGCCACGCUGGAUGCUGCCAGCUCACCAAGAAUGUGGCUGGAUGGUGCACAACCCAGGCCAAGGGAAGUCAAACAGCUCCCGGCGUAGGAAGGGGAGACCAGAGCCAGAGCUCCCUGAGAAAACAGCCCCUCACCAAGGGGGCACGAGGUCACCCCUUGCCUGUCUCCCUGCUCUGAUAGCCUGGCCUGAUCUCCACACACCUCGAGUUCCCCUCCCCUGUCCCUCUCCAGCACUCAGCUGCUGGCCUCACACUAACCCAGCAUAUGGCUUUGUCUCCCCCUCAUGGUUGGGGUAAGAGGCUGAUUGGUGCCCUGGUGGCAUCGCUUAGUGGGGGGAACAAAUGCCCCCCCUUCCCCAAAGUUUUUGCACUUGCUCAAAGUUCCACAGGCUGCAGAGCUGGGGCAGGGGGGCACCCAGAGCCUGAACCCUUUUAAUCAGUGGCGCUGGACUGACUUAGUAUGGCUGCUCCCACCGCAAUCCAGAGCAUCGCUCCGGCUGCAGGGCCGAACCUGGAUCCGGCUGCUCCGCGGGGCAGCCAGGCCAAAGGGGACUGCAACCUGAAGCACGGGGAGGCUGGCCCUGGAUGGCGGAGCACGGGAGAGGCUGCUGAAACCUGCCCCUCGGCGACACCAGCUCCCGCACGGCAUGAGUAAGAGAAAAGAGGGACUCCAUGGCCGAUGGGAUCCAGCUCCCUGUGGGAAGAAGGGGGGUACAAGCAGAGUGGAACUGGGUCCCUGCCAUGCAGGGACUAGAAUUCACACAUCCCACCCCCCACCGAAGAAAUAUCUGAAUUGGUGCUACUACACGGCCCUGUGCCUGUCCCAUUUCACCCUCACAGGCCACCCCUUAAGAAACCUGGAUCUGGGGGAACACAUGCCCACCGCUUUCUGGCCCUUGGAAAUGAAAGCACUCCAAACCCUCGCUAAAGGAACCCCUGGCUGUCCGUUUUAAUUUGGCUGGUGGAGGGGUCACAGGUUCGAUUCCCACCGCUGCCCAAGCUGGGGGAGCUGCUGGCUUCUCCACAUCCCAGGAGCUGCCUUCUACGGAAGAUAUUAGACCCCGAAAGUAAAACCUUCCCUGCAGAUGAGCAUCUGUGCUGGUCCCACUACAGCCUGACGGGUGGCAAUUAAUCAGAGGAGGAAUAUAAUUAGGCUUAGGCACUGCCCCAACCUGGUCCGUGUUUGGAAGAGCACCUCCCAGGUGCUCCAGCAGCUUGCACUGGUGAGUCAAUAGGGGGCACUCUUCCAGCCACAUCAGCCCUGAACACAGUGUGCUGCGGGGAGCUGCUAAAGAUGCUGGUUUUCUCAAGGCAGCUCCUUGCAGCCAUUAAAGAGCCUGUGGCCCCCAAAGCCUCACAAUUAAAAGCCGUUACUGUGCAGCGGGCUGCAUGAAAUGAGUUUGACGGGUGUCAGGUUUGCAGCACCCAGGUCUCCAUGGCAUGAAAGUGGGGGGGCUCUUCAGAGCAGGGCUGUUUGCCCAGGCACCCAAGGGAUGCGGAGGUCUCCAGGGUGUCAGUCCAACCCCACCGGCACUCCACCUAGGCAGGGAGGAAGCAGAGGGAGGAGCCUGCGGUUCCCCUGUCGCAGGCGGGGAUGCAAUGUCACUGGUUAGCAGAAGCCAGGUGCACGGGGCAGAUGCCAGGGCCGGAGAGCAGCUCUGCUGGCAGCGAUGCCCGCGGGCCUCGGCCAGUUCCGGGGAGAGGCUGACUGCAGGCAAGGCCAGCCUGGGGCAUCGCGGGCAGGUCACUGCAGCAAAGCGAACGACGCCACAAUGGGACUCAAUGGCACAGCAGGCAGCUGCCACUGGGACAGGCCCAGAGCCCCUCAGGAUUCAGCCGGGGGAGGCGCUGGUCCUGCUUUCCCAUCCCUGCAAGCUUGAUUGCUCAAUCUCCCCUUCUCACUGCAUCAGCAGGCCCCAGGCACACCCCACCCCCUCCCCAGCUCUGCCUCCCACCACUGCUCCACUGCACCCCAGCCCCCGCUAUCCCAGCCUCGAGCCCCGCUCAGACUCUGCCGCUGCUCCUCAAUCCCAAUGCACAGCCCACCCCCCUGCUGCUAUCCCAAGCCUGGGGCCCCCCCAGACAGCUCUGCCGCUAUCCCCACGCUGGGCUAUGCAGCUUUCCCUCUAACACAAGUGUCACGUGGGCCCUACUCAUUGCAAUCGAGAGCCUAAGACAAAUGACACAUCAGCCAAUACCGGUCACACACCGCAACGGCGGGCAAAAUGUCCAGAGACUUCCAAAGGAGCAGGAUCUGACCCAUUUUUGGAGCAUCUCCCCGCUGACCGCCACUGCUGUACAAAGGCCGACCCAAACCCACUUUGUGCGUCACCAGGGAAAUAAAGGGGAGGAACAGAAAUGAUUUACCAUG